UUUAAUUCCACAUCCUUUUGGGACGAUUUUCUUACCAUAUAUCUCGGUUUUUGAAUUGAUUUCUUUUUACUGGUUUUAGAUUUGUGGGUCUUAAAAUGUGGGGAUUCUUGUUAAACUUUCGCUGGAUUCUCUCUAAUGGCUUUGCGUAAUUAAACCUUUUCCUUCUAUAUUUCGAUUUGUGGUCUUAUAAUGGGUUGUCACAAAGGAAAGCCAAACGCAAAAAAUAAACAAUAACCCCAAGCAUAGACAUGUGUAGCUAUACUAGCAUUAGUAGUGAUGGUGAUGGUCAUCAUGGCAGCAAUAGUGGUGGCAAUGGUGUUGAUAAUACAUGUUCAAAGAAGGUAAAGAAACAAAAAACCCCAAAGAGAGGGCCAGGAGUGGCAGAGCUAGAGAAGAUCUUGAGGGAUCAAGAGAAGAAUGAUACGAGUUUUGACGAAACCAGGAAUAUUGAAGGGUUCUCUGUAGUUUCACAACUUUCAAGUUCUUAUCAAAGACAAUCUCCUGCUCUAACCCACAAAUCUCAUCCUAAAAAUCUCCCAUUUGCUCCUGAUCCUAAUCUUUUUAGUCCGCAGUCAACAACGUUUUUUGGUAAUUGCAGUAAGAACACAUCAUUACAAGUUUGCAGAGGCACUGGCAAUGGUGGAUCAGACAUUGUUUUGCAUGAACAUGGAUUUUUACCCACGAUGUGGAAUUCUUGCCAACCUAGAGCUGAUAUUGGAGGUCCUAGAUUGGCUUCAGGGAAUCCAUUUUCUAUGCGUUCAACAAAUGGACCUGACCAAAUAUUUCCUUCCUCUUCUAUGGCACAAGGAAGCCAAUAUUCACCCACUCCAAUGAUAAAUUUUUUUCCAGAGUCUGUGGCAUCAUCUUCUUCAACAACUCCAUCAUCCGUAGUAAUGUAUCAAGAUGGUUGGCUCAAAGCGAUCUUUCCCGUUUUCCAUGGAGGCCCCUCCAAUUCCUCACCACUACCGAGUUCCUGCAUUUUCACUUCAAUUCAGCAGACAGGACCUGUCACUCACACGUGCUAGCCACGGCAUCACUAAUCCUGAGCAAAUCGAGGCGGUUUCCAGGGACGAGAAUAUAGGUCGCAAGCGCCAUACAGAUUAUGGAGUAGCUAAAGGUAAUCUCCUCUUAUUUGGCUCUCCGGCGAUUCCUUCUCCAUCAACUCAUAUUUCUCAACAAGAACAGUCCAGGUCCAAACAUCCUCUACCUUUCCGAGUAAGAAAUAAGUUUCAGAAACAUCAAUAGAUUUUCUUAUCAUCUCAAGGGCAAUAAAAACAUGAAAUUGCUAAUGCCUAAUGUCAAUUUACUCUUGUUAUGAUCUGAAGGAAAGCACUGAGGACUCACAACACAGGCCUUCACAAGGUAGCGGAUCAAUUUGUAAUAAACGUCCUUCGUUUAGCUUUCUACCUCCAGUGGAGCAAGAGAGCAAGGUGGAAACAAACUUUAGCUUAAACAAUGAUGAUAGAAUUGAAAGAAGAGGAGAUGGUAUUGAUCUUGACUUGAGGCUCUGAGCAGGAAUUAAUCCAUCAGAGAUUGCAGUUCUUGAAAGGGCGUUUCAGUUAUCGUUUGAGGAUUGUUUGGCAUUAUAUAAAACAUAAUUUUUAAUUUAAAGUUUGAUCUUCUUUAAUCUGGGAUACUAUAUAUGAAGAAUUGAGGGACAAAAUACAUCCAAUUUCCCUUCAUUUAUCCAA